UUGUUGUUUGCCGUUGUUUUUGUGUGGGAAAACUCUCUGCGCCGCCUGCCUGGCUGUAUCCGUGCGCGUGUUUCCUGUAGCGUGCGUGCGUAACCAGAGACCAACGACCGCCGCAACCGCUGUUGGUGCUUGCCAAGCCGUGGCCAAGCCCUGCCCGCUCCAUCAACCGUGUGCUGUUGGCUGCGGCCCCGAGAUAUCCACGCCGCAACGUUCAACCAUCCGACAUCGCACGCACGCACGCACGCACGCACGCACGCUCUGGAGCCAUCUUGGCAUCCUGGCCCGACGGAGUACCGAGAGAGUUCCGGGGUUCCGAUCGACCAGCUCAACCGAACCAAACCGACCGAAACCAAUCCAACAACAACCCAACAGCUCUCUAACCGACCAGCCAACAAAGCGCCAGAAACGGCAGUGAGCGGGGGAAAAUAAGAAGAGAGGAGAGAGAGAGAGAGAGAGAGAGAGAAAGAGAGAGGGGAGAGGAUCGAGACCAAGGCUUCGAUGCAGGAAGCAAGGAGCAGCAGAACGAUACGACGAUCGAGAGACUAGUGGCCAAGGGGAAGCAGCAUCCGGAAUGGGCAACUCGGGCAGCAUUAAUGGGCUGUCGGCGUACGACGACGGUUACCACCAUCAGCACCAUCAUCAUCAUCACCAUCAGCACCAUCCGCAUGCGGGGGCGUCCGCGGCCGGCUAUCACCAACACCACCAGCGUUAUCACGAUGCGAUGCGUGGUGGCACCGGGGGGAUGGGAGCGCUAGAUGGUGGUGGCCCCGGGUGGCUAGAGUCCUACCAUCAGCAGCAGCAGCGACCGGAGCAGCAGCGACCGGAGCAGCAGCAGAUCAAGGUGCUGCCGGACAUUCCGGGCAAGGUGGCGAAGCUGCGGUCGACGAACAAUGGCAACAUACUGCACGCCGGUGGCACCAUCAGCAAAAACAAUCAGCUGCAGCGCUCGAAAAGCAUCUCGUCACCGAGCUACCAGCAGCACCACCACCACCACCACCAUCAGCAGCAGCUUGACGAGGCGCCGGAGGGCGAGUUGAUGUGCUCGCUGCCACCGCGGAUGCUCAUCACCCGCUCCCGCACCCAGGUCAGCAUGCUAGGGGUUGGUGGGACCCCCGGCUACGACGGGGACAUGGUGUCACGCCAGCGUCCACCCCAGUUCGGGGCCCGCUCGGGUACCCGUCAGCCAGCCUCCUACCAAUCUGGUGCCGGUGCUGGUGCCACGUCCCCCCACGGGGCCGGUUUCGGUGGCCAGCGGAAGCGGUUCGGCUCGGAGCCGGAUCUGCGGGCCCCACAUGAAGGCCAGCCGAAGAAUGAGCACGGUGAAGCGGGUGCUGGUGGUGCUGGUUUGCUGCUGCGGACACCCAAGACCGCCCAAUCGAAGAUCAUGAAGGGCAAGAACAAAAAGAAGGCACCGGGACCACCGAUCGCACACGAGAAGCAGAAGGACCCCGGCAAGGGUGAGAGCGGCGAACGGGGCGGCGGACGCAUCAUCGCCUACUCGCCACUCCGCAAAACCAACUCCGACACCUCAUCCACUCUGCCAUCAACCUCAACCGAUCAGAGCGGUGGUGGUGGUGGUCGCAAACUGCGCCUCUUCAAGACGCGCGCCGAAACCCGCAAGCAACCGGUCAUUGCCAAGCUACCGGAGGCGUCCGAUGCCAAGUUUGCGGCCAAAGUGCAGCAAAACAGUGCCACAACAGGAGGGUCAGCUGGAUCACCACCAGCACCAGCAGCAGCACCAGCAGCAGCAGCAGCAGCAACGAACCACAAAGUGCCGGGCCGCGUUCCAACGUCCGCUGCACGAAGGGCCGAUCGUCCGCUGGAGGGUGGCGAUGGUGGUGGUGGUGAUCGCGUGGUGCUGGAGCAGCUCCCGGCGCACCCGAACCCCCGUUCGUUCUUCCGGCGGGAGAAAACGUUCGACGUGGGGCUACUGUCGCUGGAGGCACGGAAGGUGGCCAAACCGACCCUGUCGCCCCCCCUGUCGCGCCGCAAAUCGAUCGUCAAGAGCCUGCUGGAGGCGGAACCGCAGCUCGACGGGCAGGAAAAGCGUCAGCAGCGUAGCGCAGCCGUACCACCACCCCCAACCUCCAGGAAGGACUCCGGCCAGCAACAGCCGGCAAGACGCAAGCCCUCGCACAGCCCGGGGGGCGGUGGCAAGGAGGGCGAGACAAACGGGCGUGAGAUCGGGCGCCAUCCGGUGGCGCGCCUGGUGCAUCCGGGCAAGGCCGCACCGAACACGUUAGUCAUACCGGUCGAGCCGGCUGAACAGCCGACCACCACCGCUGCACCACCAUCACCAUCCCCUUCACCACCACCACCACCACCACCACCGCCACCACCACCGCCGCCACCCAAGAGUAGUUUCUACUUCGGCAUGGCGACGGGCGCGGCUCCGAAUGGUGCUUUGACGCUGGCCGGCGGGGUGGCGCACGAGGAAGAACCCGAGCGGGACCGGGGGACGACCGAGGAAGAGGACCCGGAGCAGCCGGAGAAGGGGCAGGAGCAGACGCUGACGCGUACCGGCUCGCUGGACGAGAUCGACCCGACGCAGAUGGACAUUAUCGAUCGGUUCGCGGCGAGUCUGUUGCGUGACAGCCGGCGUUUCCACUCCACCGACUCGGUUGCAUCGUCGGAGGGUGGCGUCGGGGGUGCCGUCAGUGUCAGCGGUCACUUGUCGCCGACGGACGAAUCCGUGGCCGCGUCGGCAGCCGGCUCGGAAGAGAUAGCGCUCCGGUUACGGCCGACGCUGCCACGGAAACAGUUCGACAUACCGCGGUUCAGCCCGGCGGCCGCCUGGCGUCUGCUGACGACCGAGGACGAGUUCGGGGCCGAUGCACCCGGCAGCACCGGAAGUCCGGAAUCCACCGCCGUCGGCAAGAAGCAGUCACCGUCGUCUUAUCUGCGCGGUACGGAGCUGGACGGAGCGUCGAGCGAGGAUCGGAUCGAACGGGUAUACCGGGAACCGGGGCUGCCCGGGCUGCAGGACAACAAGAGCGGUGACAGUGGGAUCUCGGGCGAUGCCGAGGGUUUGCCGGAUCUGGUGCUUGGGGAGCCACGGGACUCCGCUAGCCAUCAGCACCGGCACCUGGGGCCCGGGGGUGGGCGGCACGAAACCUCCCCCGGUAGCACGCCGAGCAGCGCCGGUGAGGAGAAGGGCGACGGGGACGAUGGCGAUCGCCGGCCCACCAGCAACGGGUGGUCAUCGAGUGCACUGACCCGGCUCACACCCUGGACACCCCAGCAGGAUCUGGACGAUGACGAUGACACGACGACGGGCGGUAGCAGCAGUGACGAGCAGCAACAGCACCACCACCACCACCACCACCAGCAGCACGAACACCAACACCGGCUGCACCAUCUGCUCGACGAUUCCGGGAUCGAUCACCACCACCAGCACCACCACCACCACCACCACAGCAACGAAUUCACCACCAAGGGUCACCUGUUCAGUUUGUCGCUGCCCCGGGAAAACCAUCUCUCCAUCUACAACGCUGGCGGCUCAGCGGACGAUAAGAUCGAGAAGCACGUGUUCAACAGUCUGCAGAAGCUGCGCAAAUCCGUUUCGGAUGCGUUCCGGAGCGAGGACACCCCGAUGGUGGGUGGCCCGGUCGGCAGCAACGACAACUGGUUCCUCGGCCGGCUGGACACGACGAAAACGCGCACACCGGCCAUGACGGGAGGGGUGCUCGGUAGCUACGACAAACGGGCGUACGGGUUGUCGGUGACGGCCCCCGACCUUGUCGCUAGCGAGGUUGAUGCGGUACGGGGGGUGACCGGCGAGUCGGCGGACACGACGCCCCACCGGAGUGGCCCCAAGAUCACCAGCAGCUCAAUCGGUUACCUCGUGAGCGGACGACACGUGAUGUAUCUGCCGAAAGAGCCGACGCGGUUGCACGUGGCACCAACGGCAGCGACUGCCGCUCCACCACUACCAGCACCGUCUGCCAAGCACGCCACCGAUCACAACAACAACAACAACAACACUCACUCGAUCGGCACUCGGAAUGGCGGUGGCCAUUUGCUGUCCGCUUGGGAUUUAUCGCAGCAGCAGCAACAAUCGGUCACUCCGUCGUCACCGCACGGGAACAAGAUGUCGGCCGCGCGUACACGAGGCCAGGCAAGCGAGCGGCAGCAGAUGGGCCACGGGUACCCGGCCACACCGCCUGCCCUACCACCGCACGAGAACAAGGAGAACCUCCAGGACACGGUACCGGUGGGGGUGGUGACGGGUACGGGUACCGGAAUGGGAGCGGGUGCCAGCGAGCACGCGGACACCUCGGCCAGCACGCCAGGCCACGGUGCCAACAGCCUUCCGGUGAAGCUGUCGAACCGGCGGCACCAUCGCUUCACCUUCCAGAGCACGAUCCGGCAGAUCGAGAAGCGGCGCGUCGCGGAGCGGCUGUCCCGCGAGGCGGAAAUCAAGGAGGCGAUGCGGCUCAGCGAGCUCGAGGCGAUGCGCCGCGUCGAAGAGGAGUUCCAGCGGAAGCGGGCCCGCGAGAAGGCCUCCAUACGCCACCAGUUACGGCUCUUCUCGAUGGAGGACGGACAGCAGCAGCAGCAGCAGCAGAACGGCUACGACGAUGAAGGUGGCGACGAUAACAACAACAACAACAACAACGAUCCAAGCCGGCAUGAGGAAUCGCGACCGUACGAUGGCAAGCGCUCCGAUCCCGAUGGUGACAGCCUGCCGCAUCAGAGCGCCCGGCCGGGACGUGGCCUCUACCGGAAGCGGGACUCCAGCACCAUCGAACGGCAGCAACAGCAGCAACAGCAGCAGCAGCAGCAGUACAAACGCUCCAUCACCCAGGAUGGCACAGGAUACGCCCCUUAUCACUCCCGACACCACACGAACGACGAUGACGACGACGGUGACGGUGACGAUGGCGUUGACGAGCAUGGACGAGGCGGUGCCGCUGCACCGGAUCACGACAACGAUGGCGACAGCAGCAGCAGCCUGGGGUACGUCGACACCCGGACACCCUACAUUUCGCGCAUCAUCCAGGCCAAGAGCAGCAAAAGUGGCUACGGGCUGCACAAGGUGCGGGCCGACUAGACGGCGGCUCUACUGCUCUGCUGCUACUGCCACUGCCGAACGUGCGAACUCUGCUUGCCAUCUAGUCACCAGUGGGGAGAUUUCCAGGACGGACACACACCCAGCCGUAGCCGUGGCCCCAUCACACCCUUCAGCCACUGCGCGGAGACUGUCAAUUCACUGCUGUACGGUAGCGCCACAGCUAGCAUCCGAUCCGUUACCCUACCAGUACCAGUACACCCUGCAGACGGGGGAGGCGAGGCGGGUGCUUUCCCUUUUUCACUCAUCUUCUGCCUUCUCAUCCCUUUGCUGUCGCUGAGUACCCUUGCACUAUCUGUCCGUCUGUCUUGCUGUCUCUUUAUUUAUUGAUUUUUAAGCGUUUUUUGAUUUAUUUUAAAUGAUGCAACUAUUAUUCGUGGUGUAGGAAGCUAUCGUACAUUCUGCUACUACCACCAGCUACUGCUGCAACAACAACAACAACAACAACUAUGACUACUACUGCUACUCCUACUACUGCGACCGAUGCAUGUUAUUUAGUUUUAGUCCAACUAAUCCCAUUCCAUUAUUCGUUCGAUCAAUAAACAAUCCAAGUAUUCAUUGACUCUACCACGUCGCGAUGCUUUUGACUUGAUUAUUUCUGAACAAGCAAAACUGUGUAGCGCUAGUUGCG